GGGCGGGCCUCAAGGCGGGGCCUCGGGCCUGGGGCCGGCGUCGGCUACCGGCUUCGGAAAGACGAUCAUGGCAGCUCGGACCGGUCCCAGGACGCUGGCCAGGGUGGUGUCGGGGUGCCGUUCGAAGUCGACCACCGUGGCGGAAGCCCCGGCGCGGGGGCCUGCGCGCAACGUCAGAUACUUAGCUUCCUGUGGUAUAUUGAUGAACAGAACUCUUCCACCACAUUCCUCAGUUUUGCCUAAAGAGAUCUAUGCAAGAACAUUCUUCAAAAUCACUGCGCCAUUAGUAAAUAAACGAAAAGAAUAUUCGGAGAGAAGAAUUAUAGGAUAUUCAAUGCAAGAAAUGUAUGAUGUGGUAUCAGGAAUGGAAGAUUAUAAGCAUUUCGUUCCUUGGUGUAAAAAAUCAGACAUACUAUCUAGGAGAUCUGGGUAUUGUAAAACCCAAUUAGAAGUUGGGUUUCCACCUGUUGUGGAGCGAUAUACAUCAAUUGUAACCUUGGUCAAACCACAUUUGGUAAAGGCAUCUUGUACUGAUGGGAAACUUUUCAAUCAUCUGGAGACUAUUUGGCGUUUUAGCCCAGGUCUUCCUGGCUACCCGAGAACUUGUACCUUGGAUUUCUCGAUUUCUUUUGAAUUCCGCUCACUUCUGCACUCUCAGCUUGCUACGUUGUUCUUCGAUGAAGUAGUGAAACAGAUGGUGGCUGCCUUUGAAAGAAGAGCGUGUAAACUCUACGGUCCAGAAACAAAUAUACCUCGGGAAUUAAUGCUUCACGAAAUUCACCAUACCUGAAAGGGAAAUAAGAACCCGCACCACCUAUCUUGACUAGUGUGUUCACUUUAGGAAGCCCUCUACCGCUAUUCAGAAGUCAGAGCAUUCGUUAAGCCCGCCGUGAUUCUAAGCCCGCGCCGUUGAAAAUUUGUAGAUUGAAUGUGGACCCACUUGUACAUAGAAUUAUUUCUUCAAUCAAGUGUGACUCAAAGUAAUGUGUACAUUUGCAGGUUCUGCCUUUGUAAUAAUGGUGUCAUCACUGUUGCUAGGAUACUGCAUCCCUCGUUUGAGCGCAGAGUGAAGGUAACACGUCUUUUAGUUAUCACCUUACAUGAAAGGUUAGCUGAGAUACAAUGUGUGCUAUAUUAACUGUAUCAUGUUUAAGUUAUUAGGUGCAGAGUAUUUGUAACUUAUUGUUAUUGGGCCUGCCAUAUGGCUUAGGAUAUUUGAGUAAUCAUAUAUUUAAUGUUCAAACUUUGAUUUAAAGUACUGCUAAUGAAGUCUUAGCACUUUUGGUAUUUUAAGUUGUUCGUGUGGGUAACAGUAGAUAAUUCAGUGUUGUUGGGAAGUUGCUUCCCAGGUACACUGAGUAGGUUUUCAUUUGGUUUUUUGUUUUGGUGAGAGGUCCAGAGCGCCAAGCUACUUUUCUAGACAUUUGAAACCUCCUUUGGGUGCUUCAGCUGUACUUUCAAAAUGCUGGUCGCCUGUCAGAGUCUGGUCUGCCACUGUAGGCAACAGAUAAGUUAGUUAAUAUGCCUCCAGCACUAUACACCCAUUUUCUAUUUAUUGUGCAUAUUCACUUUCAAUACUAUUCUAAACUGAUAUUUUUUUAAACAAAUCAAUGUAAGCGCUGAAGUCGUGACUUAAUAAAGUUAAUUUGUUUAUUUUUGUA